CGUUAAAUCAAGUCUUGAAGAUUUUACUUUGAGGUUACCACUCCUGGACACAUCUCUUGAGAUUACUUCUAAUGAGAAACAUUCAUGGCUUAAAUAUUAUGAGGCUGUGAAUCAAGAAUACGGAUUCUUGUCACAAAACAAAUUAGAGUUUUACGUGUUGGCGCAAUAG